AUGAAGGCAUUCGAUAUUGCUUUUGUCCUGGCAUUCGCCGCUGGUGCCUUGGCCAUGCCGACGCAGGGAGGACAUCUCGCUACGACUGGUGAGGCUCAAGGAGGGAUUGAAAAUUCCAACGGGAAUCCGGUGGAGGACUACGUUAUUCCAAUCGACAAACGCGACGAGGCGCCGGUGGAGGAUUACGUUAUUCCUAUCGACAAACGUGAUGAAGCGCCGGUGGAGGACUACGUUAUUCCUAUUGAUAAACGCGACGAGGCGCCGGUGGAGGAUUAUGUUAUUCCUAUUGAUAAGUAA